CAGAGACGGUCCUCCUCUUGAUCAGCGCACACGUAUCUGAUCACCGAAGUUUGAUUUACUCCCCUUUGAAGGCCGUCUAUAGAUAUAGAAAAUCAUCCACGAAGAGCUAACGAUCUGCCCCCCUACCUGCGUUUCUCUUUUAUAAGACCGAGUUGGUGGUUGAGAGGCGUGAGGGGAGUGCGAGUGUGUGUGUGUGUGUGUGUGUGUGUGUGUGACUAAUGGCGGAACAACAGAGACAGCGUGCACUUUCCACGUCAGGAGAGUCAUUAUACCAGGUCUUGGGAGUUGAGAAGAACACAGCGCAAGAAGACAUCAAAAAAUCUUACAGAAAACUAGCUCUAAAAUUCCAUCCAGACAAGAAUCCCGACAACCCAGAAGCGGCGGAUAAGUUUAAAGAAAUAAACAACGCUCAUACCAUUUUGUCGGAUCCUACCAAGCGCAACAUCUACGACAAAUAUGGAUCUCUCGGCCUCUACGUGGCAGAACAGUUCGGAGAGGAGAAUGUGAACACAUACUUUGUAUUGUCCAGCUGGUGGGCCAAGGCCUUGUUUAUAUUCUGUGGUGUGGCCACUGGCUGUUACUUCUGCUGCUGUCUGUGCUGCUGCUGUAACUGUUGCUGUGGGAAAUGUAAACCUCAUCCUCCUCACUCAGACGAGCCCGAAUUUUACGUGUCACCUGAAGAUUUAGAGGCUCAGAUGCAGUCUGAUGAGAGAGAUGGCAGCAGCCCCAUUGUGAUGCAGCCCUCCUCGGCCACCGAGACCACUCAGCUGACCGCAGACUCUCACCACACCACAUACCGGACAGAUGCCAGCUAUUAAAGUAACCUCCCUCUGUCAUUCUCUCUCUCACACACGCACGGGACCACCAUGCCAGAAGAGGGCACUGUGGAGAAUGAGUGUUGAGGGAGAGACGGACAGGGGAAAUAAAGGUUGUGGCUAGAAGGGAUACAGCUACGGCCGGAAGUGAUUCAAAAUCUCGCCAAUAAAUGACAUUAGCUAAUGCCUACCCCAACCCUAAACCUACCCUUACAAUAAUACAAAAAUAGUCAUUAACUGUUGUCGGCAUGAAAAAAAUGAGGAGGUAUUGAAGUGCACAUGCCCAGUGGAGGUAGAUGUAUCCCUUCUAGCCAAAACCGAAAUGAAGGGUUGUUGUGCAGAUCUUCUGCUGUAUGAUUGAAAAUGCUUCACUUUACAGGGCAAGACGCAAGUUUUAUUUUAUUUGCCUUUUACCUCGAUCAACCCCAAACCCACUGUUACAAUAUAAUCCCCACAUGCACACACAAGGGUGUCAUUACAGUCUUCCUGGUGUGAUCUUUCAAAAAGGACUGUGCAUAUGUUGGAAUGGCUCUGUAUCUGUAAUACGAAUGACUUGCAUUAGAUUUGAGGUAAAAUUGCAAAAUGUUUAAUAAUAAUUUGAACAAUCACUUAUUUUUGCCAUCUCUAUGUUGUUGUUUACCACUUUUCACAUAACCCUUUUCUCUCUGGCAAAUUCUACGUAUGUCUGCUUCAAUGUUUUCGCAUGCUUCUGAAACUUUUGGCGAUAUGCCUCAGGGACUAGUUCAUAAGCUCGGAGAACCGCGACCUUUACCGUCUCGCAAUCUAGACUUUGUUCAAUUGGCAAUGAUGCGCAAAUCUCUUGAGCUUUUCCCGAAAAACUGCACUGUAACAGUAACGCCCACAUAUCCAUCGGCCAGUUAAGUUUGGUAGCAAUGCGCUCAAAAGCCACAAAAUACACGUCCACCUCUGAUUUGCGAAAGGGUGGCACAAGUUUGAUAUUCUUGCUAACAUCAAAGUCAACAUCUCGACUCACAGCCGUGGUAACAGGUACAGAGCAAGACGAAGAAAAAGUCGGUGAAGGAGGUUUUAUUCGCGGAACUGGGACAGGAGUUCAGGGCUUUAUAUCCCGUUCUGCUUCCGCCUGAAUAACUCCAAGUUUUAAAUGCAGAUUCUCAUUCUCCUUCUGUUUAAGCUGGAGGUCUAGCUCCCUCAAACGGAUAGCUAACAUCGAGUCAGAUUGAACAUCAAGUUCGCUUUCUACUGAGGAGCCUUUGCCCAUUUCAGAGACUGCUUCCGCUGCCUCUGCCGACUGCUCUUCAACUGUCCCCCCAACAAAAUACCAGCUUGGGUUAACUGUUCGCAAAGAGAAUCCUUAAUCACUUGCUUUUUCGCUUCUCUGGGUACCUUUAAGUUAUAAAAAUCUGCAAUUAUUAGCAAGUCCUUCGUCCUACACUUAUGCAGAGCUUCAAUAGUUGGGGAUAUAGAAAACUGUACCAAGUCAAACUCCAUCUUUAACGCCAGUAAGUUUACGCACUUCUCCCAUGCACACGUGCGAAAGCAUUAGCAGACAUUUAAGAUGAAGGGGGGGGGAAUGACUCACCGCUUCGAAUAAACGUUUUGGCGUUGAAAGGACGAGCCCCCCAAUUGUUACGAUUUCCCUUAGUCUAGGGUUAAGGAAUGCAACAAAGCAGCGUGGAGAGAGAGAGAAGUGCUGAGGUCUCCAGGUCCCAUGGUAUCACAACACAAGUUUGAAAUUUAAAUAUAACCAAAGUUUAUUUUACAAGUCUAUAAGUCGAGACUUGUGCAGGGAGAUGGCCUCAAAAUAACAAACCAAAAAUAUGUCUUUCUUGGGGUUUUCGAGUCUUUCUGCCCAGCCAACAAAAGAGAAAAGAAAAGAAGAAACACUGCCCCUGACUCCCUUGCUAUCCAGAUAAACAGGAGAAAAAAUAGCCGUGGCAAAACAAAAUAAUGGCAUCCCCUCGCUUGCAAUUCAUAGAAAGUUAACAAACUUAAUUUAGGCAGUAAAUGAGAACAUAACUUAGCCCUCAGGCACAUUAACAGACAGUGAAGUUAUAAAGAAAACAGAUAAGUCAAAAGACUACACCCGGCCACAUGCUCUGGGUUGAGAUCUCACUGGUAUUAAAGAUGGUUGCACACUUUACAACUUGUGUCUCUAUCAAUGGACACAAAAAUAGAACAAGAAAAACCUUUUUACACACUUUAACACACUUUUUAUAUAUAUACGUCCCAAUGGACGUAACAGAUAACUAUUGUUUAGAAGAAAUAUGUGUUCAUAUUUUAAACUUUUAGUUUAGAUUAUCUUUAGCUGGCAUUACUAGCCGAACUAAAGGAACAGUUCACACAAAAAUGAAAAUUCUGUCAUCAUUGAUUCACUCUCAAGUUGUUAGAAAUCUGUAUAAAUUUCCUUGUUCCGAUGAACACAGAGAAGAACUCUUCUAACCAAACAGUUCUUGGCCGCCAUUGACUACCAUAGUUGGAAAAAUUGCUUUACAAAUUUCUUUGUUCUGUUGAACACAAAAGAAGAUAUUUUGAAGAAUGUAUGAAAGCAAACCGUUCUGGGGCACUUUUGACUACCGUUGUCAUUUUUUCUACUAUGGUAGUCAAUGGUGGCCAAGAACUGUUUGGUCGCAAGCAUUCUUCCAAAUAUCUUUGUGUUCAUCAGAACAAAAAAAUGUAUACAGGUUUGGAACAACUUGAGGGCGAGUAAGUGAUUUUUAUUUAGGGGUCAAGUGUCCCUUUAAAAACGUAACGCUAGGGGUUGUCACAUACUAACUUGUAUGUCGUUCAUGCCUUUGAUGGGAUCUUGGCACAAACCUCCUAAACUCAUCAUAAACAUGCUGUCUGUUUUAACAUUCCAUUAAUGUCUGAAGAGUGUUUGGUGGAUUUCAUGUUAAAACAAACAUCUACAAACGUUUUGAAUAAUUUCAUAUAUUUAAUUUCAUGUAGCCUGUGAAUUACUUUCCCUGUGGUUUGCAGUGUCAUGUGCUGUAUGUUUUUUGUGAAACAUUGAGUGAAGGCCAUCCGGUAGGCAUGUACAGUUCAGUUGGAUCCCCGCCUAGCUGUGUUUAGUGUGUGUGACAGUUUGGUUAAAAUGGUGAUACACACACAGGCCGUGCAUGGUUAUCACACUUUUAAAAAGCCCAUAUUCAAUAUGAGCCUUGGAGGAUUGUGGGUAAAGUGAUGCAUAUGUACAAACAAUGGCUUUCCAUCAAUAGAUUUUUAUAGCUUCAGAUUUGGUUAGUCAUUUUUAAACAAUGUUCCUUCUGAGAAAACACUUAUGUUUUAGUAUUGAAACAUCUUUGUUUUUUAAACCUGGAAGUGGACAUUCUUGCCCAGUGUACUGUGCUGUAUUUUGGUUUGGUUGUGACUGUACCCAUAGUUUGACCUUUUUGCCUAGUGCCAGUGAUUUAAUCAGGUGAACAGGAUAUUUUACUCAUUUUUACCCCUGUAUUAUUACUGUUUCUGCCAGAGGACAUAAUCUUGACUGUGUCCUUCACUACUCCACAAAUUACAUGCCUGUGUAACUCCAUUUUUUUUUCUUCAUAACAAUUACAUCCAAUGGCUUUCUUGUAGAAAAUGUUGUUUUAAAUGUGUAUU